AUGAACAGCACCUUGAGGGAUGCCCAGGCCCCAAGCCACCGUGAGUGCCUCCUGCCUUCCGUGGCCCGGAACCCCUCUGUCACCCAGGUCACGCCAGCCAAGAAGAUAACCUUCCUCAAGCGAGGGGAUCCCCGGUUUGCUGGGGUUCGCUUGGCUGUUGACCAGCGUGUGUUCAAGAGCUUUGGUGCUCUGAUGGACGAGCUCUCUCAGCGUGUGCCUCUCUCCUUUGGGGUGCGCUCUGUCACCACGCCCCGGGGCCUUCAUGGCCUCAGUACCCUGGAACAGUUGGAAGAUGGUGGCUGCUACCUCUGCUCUGAUAAGAAGCCCCCCAAAACACCCAGUAGGCCAGACUGGCCACAAGGGAGAAGCCCAUCUGCUCAGCAGUCAAGGGAUUUUGAAAGCCGAUGUGAGGCACCAGGAACAUCCUCUUCCUGCAAGGGUCCUAAGGCCCCAAGGAGGAUAAUGCUGGUUAAGAAUGGAGACCCUAGAUUCCAGCAGACAAUGGUUCUCAGCCAUAGAAAUACAAGGAACCUGUCGGCCUUUCUCAGCAAAGCCUCAGAUCUUUUGCACUUUCCUGUGAAGCAGGUGUACACGACAAGUGGGAAAAAGGUGGACUCUCUGAAGGGUCUGCUCCGCAGUCCUUCAGUGCUAGUAUGCGCUGGCUACGAGUCUUUCAAACCUCUGGCAAUGGAAGAUUCUAGAAGAUACGGAACUGAAACUUUAUCUGGGCAGACUCCAAGAAACAAAACUGGAAGCUGGGGGCCAAAGGCCAAGCAGAGUGUGAUCCACUCAAGGUCCAGGUCGGGCAGCCAGCCACGGCGGUUUUCCUUGCUGUCAGAGAGGUCUGGUCUCAGCGACCCCCCAGUGUCCCUGCAUCACGCUCAGACGGGCCCUGCUCCUGACAGACACCCUCAGGACAUGCCUGCCCAGCUUGGCCCAUUGGUGGCCAGUGACGAUGUUGAGAAAAAGGUCCGCAUGAACGAGGAUGGCAGCCUGUCUGUAGAGAUGAAAGUCCGCUUCCACCUACUUGGUGAGGACGCACUCCUGUGGUCCAGGAGGGUGGGGAGGGCCAGUGCCCUCACAGCAGCCAGUGAGGAGGUCCCUGUCUUGGGGGAGGUGGACUCCCUCCACUGUGUGUGGGAGGAUCACCCUGGGGGUUCCCCAGAGCCUGGGGCACAGGGACAGGGGCCCUGUGAGGCAGGAUGUGAAGAAGCCCUUGGCCGAGGCCGGUGGCAGCCAGGCACCAGGUAUGAGAUCUGGAUGAACCCCCUGUACUUCACCCAGGGAGAGGGGACAGCCUCUCGGAGGAGACCCAGGCUGACCCAACACUCCCAUUCCAGGAGGCCCUGUAGCCAAGUGUUCACCAGCAGGAAAAGAAGCAGCAAGGACAGUGUCAGCCCUACCUCUAGGGACAGACCCCCCAAAGACUCUGAGCCAAACUCCUCCUGCUGCUCCAGGUCUCCGGAAGGCAGCGUGGACAGCUGCGACCUACAUUCAGCCUCGGGGGCUGCCUCCCAGAGGGGAGCAGGGUGGGAAGCUGGAAGCCCAUCCUGGACUAGUGAGGGCCCAGGUCCACAGGAAGCAGGGCAGGGCAGCAGGGAGCCCCAUAGCUGCCUGAAGCCCCAGACCCGAGGCACAGCAGGUGCUCUUUCUGACUCCUCAGAGAGUGCUGAGUCUCUCGAGGAGUCUAGUGAAAGGGGUAAGCAGCACCAGGGCUGCCUGAGCAAGACAAGGGCCGUGACUACUUCCCGGACAAAGGCCAUUCAGGGGGAAGGCCCCAGUCCGCCCACGGUGAGUCCCUGGUCUUUGAGGAACGAGGACUCUCAGGCAGAGGACAGUGGACAGGGUACCAGGCACUCCCAGGCUAAGGACUCUUUGAGCAGCCAAGCUGAUGGUCUGGACAAAAAGGCAGGGGGCGGCAUUCCCAAGCCUUCCCGGCCUUUAGUUCUGCCAGUUGGACAGUCCGAGGGAGGGAUGCCGGGAGCCCACAGAGGCUGCGACUGCUCACCGAUCAGCACAUCCCUGUUCCACAGGACCCCCAGUGAUAAGACUCACGCCCUGCAGACCUCCCAGCCACUGCGCAGCCAGGGGCCCUUCUCUGAGGUCCCCUUGGUAUGCAGCAGAUACUGUCCCACCCCGCCAAGGACAUGGCCUUUUGUCAAGAAAUACCCUUCAUGUUGCAGCAACCCCAGUGCUGACUGGGGGCCAGGCGGGGGAGAGCUGGGGGAGGGAAAGCCUGAGGCAUGGUGCCCCUGGCCCCCCGGCUCUCAGUCAGGGGCCAUGGGGAAAGCAGUCAAAGCCUCGAGAAGGGGCAGCUCCAGCUGUGGCCCCAGGUCUGGGAGAAUAUUCCAGGGAGAGAAGGUUGCUGGUGGAGGGGAAAGCCUAGAAGGGCAAGAGAGAGAUAGCAGAAUGGCGCUGUGUGCUCUGCCCCAAGCCUCACCAGAUGCUGUGGUCCGUGAAUGGCUGAGCAACAUCCCAGUGGAGCCCAUACCCAUGAAAUGUGAGGUGGUGGGUGAGAGCACAGUUGUGGCAGGGGAUGACCCAGAAGGCCCCAAGGAGGAUCCUGUUGACAAACGUUCCCCAGAAUGUCUGGGGGAGCCAAUGCAGGUCAGACAACCGUCACAUGAAGGGGCCGCCAGCAAGAAAGCGGAGCCAGACGGAGCCCUCCCAGUGACUGGUGAUGCUCAUCCCAAGUCAGAAGACGAUCUUCCUUGUAGCGGAGUUUCAGAAGACCCCAGGGAGGCUGGAUCAGGCAAAGGCAUGGCCGUGGACUGUUCAGUGGGCCCGUGCGUGCUUCCGCACAAGGUCUCUGCCUCCAUACAGAUCAUGAAAGCACUAAUGGGCUCCAAGCAGGGCCGGCCCAGCAGCCUGCCCGAAGUGUCCAGCGCAGCGGGCAGGAGGCUCAGCCGCUCUGCCCAGGCCCUUAUCACCUGUCUUGCUGGGCUCCACUUCUUUGAUGAAGACCUUGGGUCUCCCACUGGCAAAGUGAGGUUCAUAGACUCUCCUCGGUACCAGGAGCUCCUGAGCACCUUCCAGGCCCUGUGGCCAGGGUGCGGCCUCAGGCGUGGUGAGCUGGACUCUGGCCUCUGGGAGCUUGGCUGGUGCCAGGCUCUGCCGGGCCUCAGGUCUGACGUCAUGACGGAGGACUUCACACUGACAUCCUCAUCUGGUGUGGAUGUUGGCAGUGGCUCCAGAGGCUCAGGGGAGGGCAGUGGACCCUGUGCCAUGGAGUGCGCCCUGGUCCCUGAGAGGGUAGCCCUGCCCUUGAAAAUCCCCUCCCAGAGGCCUGAUUCUAGAACCUCCGAGAACCGAGAGGAUCCAGGAAACCAACAGCUGAGUGGUUCCACGGCCUCUUCAAAUUCCCAAGCAUGGGCUUGUGCCAGCAGAAAAGAUGAGGCAGACAGAAACAGUGGGGGGCAGGUUCUGGGCAGGAACCUGGACCAAGUAGUUGAAAACACAAUGCAAGAAGAGGAGGUACCGCUAGAGAAAGUCAGAGAAGAAAAAGAAAUCGCAGCACUGCAAGGAGAUGGUGUCCAGGGAUUCCCAGAAGAGGGAAGAGUCACGGGACAAGAACUGUCAGAGACCAACUCUCAGGAUGGGGAGGGUGCACAGGAAGAUAAGAGUGUGCAGGAAGAAGAAGCAGGAAGAGACCCUGCCUCCACUAUACUUUGCCCUCCAGGAAAAAGAGAGAAACCCACAGAGCUCCCUAGGAGCCUCAGCGACAGGGAUGCAAAUGCCAGUGGCCCCCACAUGGAACCUGGUUUGGAGAAGCUGCCCAAAGCAGCUGAGACAUGCCAUGCUCAAGCCCAGGCCAAGUGCACCCAGGGACCUAGGGAGACGAGCUCUUCUCCGGCCCGCAGAGUGUCUCUGGACCCUGAGCCCCUCUGGGUGUCCAAGUUGCUGAGGAAGAUGGAGAAGGCCUUCAUGGCCCACCUUGGUAGUGCCACCGCGGAGCUCCGAGCCCGCUGGAGCCUGCAGAACAACAGCCUGCUGGACCAGAUGGUGGCAGAGCUGCAGCAGGACCUGGGCCUUCGGCUCCGAGAUAGCACUGAGAAAGAGCUCCAGAAGAUCUGGAGCCAGGCAGUGGGGAAGAGGCCGGGGCCGGCCCGGGAAGGCCUCAGGUGGGAGAAGUCCCUGCAGAUGGAGCAGCGCAGGUGCCGUCUCCAGGGCCUGAGGUACCUCUCGGCCUUCUCCGGGCCGGCUGGAAGCCAGGGGCCCGGCCCCUUCCCCGCAGAGGAGGAGGAUGCACCAACUCUCAGCGGAGCCCUGGGGACCUGGCUGGUUGGGGAGGCCGAGGGGGAGGAGUUUUGUCCCUGUGAGGCCUGCAUGAGGAAGAAAGUGAUCCCCACGUCCCCGAAGGACACAACGGGGGCAUCCAGGGCACCCAUCCAAAAGGCCUUCGACCUGCAGCACAUUCUGCAGAAGAAGGAAGGGGCGUGUGCUCGUGGCGAGGCAGCAGAGGCAGCCCCCGAGAAGAGAGGGAUGGAGCUGCUUCAGGGGGACCCCUUGGGGACAGGGACUGUCCAGGGGUCCACUGGAGGCCUGGAGCUGGGGUUAGACCAGGACCCUGGGACAGAGGGGUGGGGCGAGGGUGAGAACAGCCAGACCCUUGGCAAAGACGGAGACCCCCGAGGGAGGGAGGAGGAGGCAACUGCUCAGAAGAGAGAAGGGAGCACAGGGGCUGGACGAAGCAGUGUCCCAGAGGCAGCAGGUGGGGAGGAGCAGGGCUCUGGUGGGAAGGAAGAAAACACCGAGGAGGGCUCUGGGGCUGACACCGCUUUGGAAGAUGAAGCCUCUGGAGGAGGUGACCCAAGUCCAGGAGGACAGAACGAUGGUGUCAAAACUGCAGAGGCCCCGGAAGCUGAAGGAGAGGGGCAGCCAGAGUCGGGAGGGGGAAACCAAGGGGAGGAAGAAGGUAGCCCGCAGGUCGGCUGGGGACAGGGCCAGCCGGGUGAGACUUCUGGAAACAGAAGCCCAGAUCAAGAGGGGAAGCCAGCACUGCCGCCUACCCCAGGUGGAGAUAGCCCCUGCCGGAGGUCAGGCAGGAAAGCAGGUCUCUCCUCCUCCAUCACAUCAUCUCUGGGAAACUGCUCUCAGCUCUCUCAGAAAGGCUCUGUAGAAAAGCCUUUGAAUGGAGACAUGAGGAGCUUCGAAGAGGAGUCCAAGGUACUCCCUGGUCCAGAGAGAAAAGUCACAGAUAUGUACCCAGAAAGCUCCAUUUCUGAGCAAGAAGAGGCCCCCUUGGGGCCAAGGACUCCAGAGCAGGAGGCAGGCGAGGCCUCUGGCCUAGAAGCUGAGAAGGUAGUUAAAACUCCUGCUUUCACAGAAAGGAGGUUUAAAAACCUCACCAUGGACAGAACAGAUGGCUUUGGCCACGAUGACUUAGAUUUCUAG